AUGUCUAGUUUUGUAUAUUUUUUGUUCUCUGAGACAAGUGCUUUUGUUUUGGUGACCGUAUGGCGGCCCACCAGCUGGAAUGCAGCUAUCUCACUACUGCGGAGACAGAGUCAGCGUUCAUCUUUAAGAUUGCGGGACCUGUGUGACUAUCUUUAUUCUUUUCAACUACUCGAACUACGACAUGUGCCCAACGUCCUGUUCACAUCAAACUGUUCACCAGUUUGA